UCACAUAAACGUAACGAUGCAAAGAAGAAAAGAAAUAGAGGCGUACCAACACCUGACUGAAACCAGUGAGACGUAACUGGCAGCCAGAGACAUGCACAGACAUGGGGAAGUCUAAGCAUGCAGAUAAGCUGUGUUUUUCCCACACCCAAGUCAGAUGCAGAACAGCUUUGGAGAGCUACAGAACGCUGGAUCUUUGAGUAACUCGCUUCAAAAAAUCUUCACAAUGUUCCUUGCUAAAGCUUUGCUGAGUGGAGGAAGUGGUAGUAGUCGUGGAGGAAGCCUUGCACGUGGCCUUGGAGGGCUCCUAACAGGAGGUGGAGGUGCAGGGAAUAUUGGAGGACUUGUUGGAGGUCUCGUCAACCUUAUAAGUGAAGCGGCAGCUCAAUAUAAUCCAGAGCCACCUCCACCUCCUCGCAAUCAUUUUACAAAUGUGGAAGCUCAGGAGAGUGAUGAGAUCAGACAAUUCCGUCGCCUGUUUGCCCAGCUGGCUGGAGAUGAUAUGGAAGUGUGUGCCACAGAGCUAAGGGACAUCCUGAACAAAGUCCUUUCCAGACACCAAGACUUGAAGACGGAUGGCUUCAGCUUGGACACCUGCCGUAGCAUGGUCGCCGUCAUGGACAGCGAUACGAGCGGCAAACUGGGCUUUGAGGAGUUCAAGUAUCUGUGGAACAACGUCAAGAAGUGGCAGUGUGUGUACAAGCAGUACGAUACUGAUCAGUCAGGCGCUGUUGGGAGAGCCCAGCUGCCAAACGCUUUGAAGGCUGCGGGGUUCCACCUGAACGAGCAGCUGUGCCAGGUGAUCGUGCGCAGAUACGCCGCCGAGGACGGCAGCAUGGAUUUCAACAGCUUCAUCAGCUGCCUGGUGCGGCUGGACAGCAUGUUCCGGGCCUUCAAGUCCCUGGACCAAGAUGGAAGUGGGCAUGUCAAAGUGACCAUUGAAGACUGGCUGCAGCUGACCAUGUAUUCGUGAAGACGUGGCAAAGAAGCAGCUUUGUGUGGAAGACACACGUGGAGGACUAAAAUCCUCUGCUGUACAACUGUAGUCUUUGCCUUUAGUCUUUUAAGGCAGAUGUAGCUAGAAAUAGAUGGAUCAGCUUCAAGUGUAGUGAUUCCUCUUGUGCAUGCACCAGUCUGCUUUUCUGAGGGGUUUGUGUGAGUUGUUGAAUGCACAGUUGCAUAAGUCUGUCUUCAGAAAAUUCUAAACUCUAAGCUUAGGGAAUAUGUUGGAAAGAUCUAAGCUUAGUUACUUUUUAAUGUAAAGUUGUUUGCAUAUGAGUAUAGCUAUUAUAUAAAAAAGCUCCUAAGUUUGGUGUUGAUGUU